CAGCGAGUACAGUCGCAAGUGUUAUUGAGAUGGCUUCUAAAGUCUCCCGUGACAUUCUUUAUGAAUGCGUAAAUGAAGUCCUGAAGGGAGCGGAAAAGAAGCGCCGUCGUUUCCUGGAGACGGUGGAGCUGCAAAUUGGCCUGAAGAACUACGAUCCCCAGAAGGACAAGCGUUUCUCCGGCACCGUCAAGCUAAAGUACAUUCCGCGUCCGAAGAUGCAGGUGUGCGUGCUCGGUGAUCAACAGCAUUGCGAUGAAGCCAAGGCGAACGAUAUUCCGUUCAUGGAUGCUGAAGCACUAAAGAAGCUGAACAAGAACAAGAAGCUGGUUAAGAAACUAGCGAAGAAGUAUGAUGCUUUCCUAGCUUCCGAAUCACUGAUCAAGCAAAUCCCGCGUCUGCUGGGUCCCGGUUUGAACAAGGCCGGUAAGUUCCCGGGUCUGCUCGGUCAUGGUGAAUCGAUGGUGCAGAAGAUUGACGAGGUCAAGGCCACCAUCAAGUUCCAGAUGAAGAAGGUUCUGUGUCUGUCCGUGGCCGUUGGUCACGUAAAGAUGUCCACCGAUGAGCUGGCUCAGAAUGUGCAUUUGGCCAUCAACUUCCUGGUUUCCCUGUUGAAGAAGCACUGGCAGAAUGUGCGUUCCCUGCACAUUAAGUCGUCUAUGGGAUCUGCUCAGCGACUGUACUAGGUAGAGAAAGCUGUGUAUCACGUAUUUUUCGCCACAGCGAUGAUAUACUACGGAGAUAAUUUGUUCCAUGAAAACAAGAAUAAAAGUUGUUUCUAGGCAGAA